AAUACAAAGCGGGGCAUGUCUGAAUCCGAGCCUCCCAUAUCUGUCAAAACCGAAGCCGAGGUCUUCAUAAGCGAUGGCUCGAAGUUUGCUGGCAUAGACUGGGAGCGUAGCUUGAGAGGCCGACUUGAGGAAGUGGUCCACUACGGCUUGACUAUUCUGCCGUACGAGGAGAUAUUUUGCUUAGCGACGAAGGAGGCUUCCUCAAAACCAUGGCCCGCGCCAGAAUUGCAAAGAUAUCUAAUUGGUCAACUGAGGCAUCACGUUGACUCGGGAUGCGCAGGCCGGAUUCUGCAAAGGAGGCGAGACCUCCACUUUGGAUACGCAGAAGCAUUUUUGACCCAAUUUUGUCUCGCACUGGAGAAUUGUUGCACCAACAUCCGACAGCAAAGCCAGAGAGACGAAGACGACAAAAGAGAAGAGAUUUUAUGGGUAUAUGCGCCAAGGCAGACUGAGCAGCCCUGCAUCACUAGGCGACUUCCUAGCAGUAUCACCGACCCCAUAAAUACUAUCCUUAAGACUCUGUUAAAACUAGAUACCUUUGGAGAAGAUACCUUACAGAUUAGAGGAGGUGAGGCGAACGCAGGACAGACGCUUAACCUUGAUGCAUUGACAGAAGCAUGGAGAAGAGAAGGGUACCAUGAGCACUUACUGCGAAGGUAUGCCUGCUACAGGAUGAUCAAGCAAGCCCCGUCUCGCCAGCGUGAGGUCAAUCUCUUCGUUAGUCAGCUGUUUGACAAGCCGUGGGAAAAGCGGUCCUGGGAUCGAGUAGCCAACAGAAUCGAUGAGCCUGACCUUCGCAUCCACUACUUGAGAUAG